AUGGGUGGAAUGGCUACGAUCGGUUCUCCGGCGAGAGUUAUAAGAGAGAGAAAAGACGAUUUUUCCGUCGUCGGUUUUCUGUCUCAACGUUCCACAGAGUUGUCGGUACUAGUGGAACUCGCGUUUCUAAUUCUGGUGGAUGUGGUAGCAGCGAUGAUGUUCGUCAUCGCUGGUCGCUGCACUGCUUAUAAGCCUGUCGAUGGGUGGAUGUAUGUGGUCAAGGAAUGGAGGCUUGGCCUGUCUGUAUGCUCGACGGCAUUACAGAAAAAAUCACCAUCCUUCAAAGCCUACGAAGUCGCAGAGGCCUUAUACCGAGUUAUUUUUAUAUUGGAAGUCUUUACUCUCUUAUUCAUAUAUUUAUGA